AUGGCGGCGGCGAGGAGCGCGGAGGUGUUGAGCGUGGACGAAUGCAUCCAUCUUCUCAAGGUUUGCAGGAGCAAGGUGGAAGCGGAGAAAAUGGAUGCGUUGAUCCAGCAGGAGAGUUUCCUUCCGGAUCACAGGGUCUACCUUUCGAAUCUCCUCGUCCAGGCGUACGGGCGGUGUGGGAGCGUGGAAAACGCCCGCCGGAUCUUCGAUUCCAUCUCGCCCAGGAGCGUUUUCACUUGGAACUUGAUGCUCGCUGCAUAUGCCCACAAUGGGCAUAUGUCCGACUGUAGAGCCUUCUUUCAAAAGAUGCCCACUUACGACGUAGUGUCUUACAACACUAUGCUGGCUGCUCACUCGCAGUAUGGGGAUCUGGAGAUGGCCAAAGCACUGUUUGUGGCGAUGCCCGUUCGAGACACAAUCCCGUUUUGCGACCACACGUCGUAUAACAUACUUCUUUCUGCGUGUGCCAAGUGCGGGCAUUUGCGGGAGGCAAAGGAUCUGUUCGAUCAAAUGCCGUGCAAGGAUCUCGUGUCGUGUACGGCUCUGGUUUCGGCUUAUGCCCAGCACGGCUAUCUCGAGGACGCGAAAGUAAUAUUCGAUUGGAUGCCUGAUCGAAACCUUGUCUCUUGGAAGUCAAUGCUCGUGGCCUACACCACAAAUGGGCAUUUGGAUGAUGCGAAGGCGUUGUUUAAGGAGAUGCCAGAUCGUGAUACUUGCUCUUGGAACGUGAUGCUAGCGGCGAGCUCCGAGAGCUGCAAUCUCAUCGAGGUGAUUGACUUGUUUUAUUUGAUUCCUGAUCGUAAUGUGAUAUCUUGGAGUGUGAUGCUGGCGGUGACUGGAGUGCGUGGUGCAAAGAAGUGGUUUGAUCGAAUGCCAGAGCAUGAUACAGUGGCAUGGAAUGUGAUCUUAUCUCUCGUGUCCUUCCAGAAGACUGGAUCUGGUUAUGCGCUGCAGCUCUUGAGCGAGAUGAUGGUCACGGGGUUUAGACCCAACGACGCUUCUUUUGUGUGCGCACUCGUGUCCUCAAGCCAUGCUGGUAACACGCGGUCCGGAAUCCAUUACUGCAAAUCCAUCUCCUUUGAUCAUGGAUUGCAUCUGUCCAAGCAGCAAUUUGGAUGCAUGGUUGAUCUUCUUGGAAGGGCGGGAUUUGCUAGAGAGGCUGAGGAUCUGAUCAGGAACAUGCCAUACAGUGCAGAUGCCAUUGAUUGGAAAUCCUUGCUGAGUGCGUGUAAGAGUCACAAGGAAUUGGAACUUGGGCUUGGGCUACGGAUUGGACAGAAGCUUGUAUCUCAAAAGGGACGAGCAAGUGCAUUUCUCUCCAAUCAAAGAAAUCAUGCGGCAACUCUUGGUGGGCUUGGCAAGCUUGCCCGAACGCGAUCUUGUGGACCAGGAUGUUCAGCCUGCGACAGCAACUUUUUGGUGAAACUGGGGGAUUUCCAAAGCUCAAGAGGGCUUUCAACUCCACCAAAGCCAGAAGUUACUAGAUCAUUGGGAAACAGGGCUCUGGAAGUUAUUUCCGGGGAGGCCGAAAAGAUGGUGUGGGGCGCUGGAGUUGUAUUUGCACUGAUGCUUUUGGGAGAAAACCCUUUUGACUUGAGCUGGGAUAAGUGGAGAGCGAUUGGUAUACGCUGA